AUGGCUGAUGCAGGAUUCUUCAAAGGCACUUCUGCCGACCAAGAGUAUCGCUUCUCUGAAAUGAAGUUGUUGAAGUCAAUGAAAUUUCCACCAGAGUUUGAUAAAAAGGUAGACCUCAAAAAAGUAAAUCUCAAUGUCAUACGCCCAUGGAUCACCAAAAAAGUCACAGAACUCGUCGGCUUUGAAGAUGAAGUAAUCAUCGAGUAUGUAAUGGGUCUCCUUGAAGAUCCAAAUCACACCACUCCAGACCCAAAGAAAAUGCAAAUAAACCUGACAGGUUUCCUCACUUCGUCAACAGCCUCUUUCAUGCACGCUCUCUGGUCUCUACUACUCGAGGCUCAGGAGCAUCCCGCAGGCAUGCCACAGAUGUUUGUGGAGGAGAAGAAAGAAGAAAUGUGCAAAGCUCGCAAGGGCGAUGUGCAUGCCAUAGGGUCUUCCCUUGGCAAGGAUCAGGAAGAAAUAGGUCAGAGUAUUGAUAUUAGGGGUAAACGACCCGAAAAUGAUAAAUUAUUAGAAGACUUUAUCUGA